AUUUGGCAGUUUCAGAAGCAACAAAACUUAAAAAUCAUCUUGCUACUGCUUCGAGAGCGGUUGACUGUUUUAAGUUUUGUGUCAAUUUGUGAAUUAUUAUUUGAAUAUCAUGGCCAAAGUAAAAGAAAUGACUAUGUACGACCUGGCCCAGCAGGAUUAUCAAGUGCUUGAGGAAAUGAUUUCCAAAGAUCCCUCGCUCAUUACCAAAAAGGAUACGAACGAACGCUUCCUACUGCACUGGGCUGCAUUGGGUGGGCGCGAUUUGCUGGUGGAAGAGCUACUCAAAAGGACACCGGACCAAUUGGAAGCAACGGACGAUACCAAUGCAACUCCGCUGGUCCUGGCCACACUCGGAGGUCAUCUGAGCACCGUUCGAAUGCUACUGGCCAAAGGAUCGAACAUCAAUCACAAAAACUGGCAGGGACACUCGUCCUUGCAGUACGCCUGCUCCAAGGGACACACGGAGAUUGUGAAAUUUCUAGUGGAGCAUGGGGCGGACAUCAACAUAACGGACAAUCGCAACGACACCUCGCUUCAUCGGGUGGCUUCGCAGGGCCGAACGGAGAUUCUGCAGUACCUGGUCGAGCACAAGGCUCAGGUGAACGUUCAGAAUGCGGAGGGAAAUACGCCGCUGCAUUUGGCGUGCGAAGACGAGCAGAGUGCCUGCGCCAUGCUGCUGGUGGAGCAUGGCGCUUCCGGCACCGUUGAGAACAAGGAGAAGAAAACACCGCUGGAUCUGGCGCGGCCGGGCUUGGGAAGGAACCUGAAGAACAAACUUGGCAUUUCGAAUGAAUAAAAUGAGUUUUUUGUAUGUAUGGAUUGAAUCAAUUAGACUGUAACCAUGAU